GUAGAAGUAUUAAUAGUUGUAGUCAGUAGUAGAUGGUUGCUGUAUUUCCAAUAUCAACUUAUCCUCGUUCCUGGCAGAUUAACCUUAAACGCGAAAAAAACAUCGAAAUCCAAAUCCUCCACCCUCGCUCUCCCAUCUCCAUCCGACCUUCACAACAACUUCCUUCUCCUGUCUGCAUUGAAACCACAAAAGAUGGGGUUCAUAAAGGACUCGCGACUGCAGAGCGUGAUCUCAGGCCAUCCGAUCUUUUCUGGAAUAGCAGCCUCGAGUUCAUUACCAUCUCUAGCGCUCACAUUUCCCACACCAUCAUCAACAUCAACAACAUCAUCUCUAUUCCCCGCUACAAACAGCACCCCGACACUCUCCGGCAGCGGCACAGAUGAUCUCGUGCAGAACAUUAUUGCCAUCCGCGGGUCAGAGCUCUUUGUCGUCGUCGAGGGCCAGAUUAGAUGUGUCGACUGCGUGACUAUGCGCGACGCCAAAUCGCUCAGGUUUUACAAGGUCCUGAAUAUACCACGGAUCGAGUUCGUCGUUAGGAGGUUACAGAUCAACGAGACAGGUACUUUGAUGGCAAUCAUUGGAGAUCAAAAUAUCCUAACCUGCGUUCUUCCACUACCUGGAUUUUCCAAACUUAUAGAGACCCGAUUGCAUUCACGGCAUCGUGCGGUGGGAGAGGCGGUCUUCAGCGCCGAUCUGAAAAUCAAAAUGGCAUUAUGGCAUCCUCUUUCUAAAGAGGACAAUUGUCUGAUUGUGCUUUGCUCUGACAAUGUGUUGAGAAUGUUCGACCUUAGUUACAGUUACGACGAGCCCGAGCAGGUAUUCGAGUUCGGCGCGCCACAGCAGGAUCGCCGGGCAAGCACGUUUGGACUACUCGACGACGACUGUAUGGAGAUGGUCUCAAUGUGUUUCGGCGUCCCCGAGCAAGGCCUGGGCACAAUGUCUUUAUACGUUUUAUCAUCUGAAGGCGACAUCUGCGUGCUCGCACCGUUUAUCCCGCGCUACUGCGCAAUUGAACGCGAGAGCAUAAACCUGAUGCUGCAAUGGGCGAUUGCCGAGGAUCGCGAUACCGACAUCGACAUCACCACCACUCUGUUUUCGUCACCCUCAUCGUCGUCGCGAGAAGAAACCGCCAGGAUCGAGCGUUUUAGGCGUCGGCAACAAGUCACCUGGGUCGCUGAAGUCACUCGGCAAUGUAACACUGCGUCGCUGUCGACAAAGAUCGCGCCGCGGAUAAAUAAAUACGGCGAUCCAGCUGAUCUGUGUGUUUUCGAACGUCCAGACACGAGUCGUCAUGUGGUCAAAUUGCAAGGUCCGCUGCGACCGAUGCUGUUCCCGGCGUCGCUUUACGGAUCUACGUCCUGUGAUAUCACGACACUGGAGGUGGACGAGGAUCUGACUGUGCUGCUGACUGUUGACCAGCGAGGGAAAGUGAAUAUCUUCUUGCAAGAUGCGCCCAAUGAGGCGCUGUGGGAGUCGUCCAUCCUUUCCGCGCUUUACAGCGACGAGGAGGAGAGAUUGGGUGCGAUUGAGCAGCCUGUUAUACAGACUCUGGAGAGCUUACAACUGAAAGUUGGCAGCAGCGCGAAAUUUGGAUCAAAACCGGCUGCUGAGGAGAGCACGUACUGGUUUGUCGACUCCAAAGCCGGAAACGAUACCGUGCUUUUGAUGAGCGCACAUCGGGCAGUGGAGCUGGACAUAUCAAAGUGGAAGAGGAAGCUUUCCGAAGCGCUCGCGAGCGCACACUCUGAGCCCGAACUGCAGCAGCUGUUUUUGCAAAAGGGGGGUAAGCCAAAGAGUGAGGUCAAGACGCUUUUGAACAGCAGCAGUAACGGAAGAGAUCGUAGUCUGGGCGCGAUUUUUCUUCCGGAUGCGUUCUUUGGUGAUGUGCUGAUUACUCUGUGCAGCACUGGAUCUGUGGAAGUCUUUGUGGACAGCGACGGAUCAGAGACCCAGCCCAACGUUCCUGGAAGCCCGCUUCGCAAAGCAAUCCCGCCUUCGAAAUCGAGCGCGGAACCGAUUUACCAGCCGCUGAUGAAUCCGGUACCUAUUGAGACGAGUGCGCUGGCGAGCAGUAGUACGCUUGAAGCGGCGCUGGCGCGGAAUCGGCGGAGUGUGAAUUUUUCAAUGACAGAGAGACCGGUUGAGGUUUCGGAGGAGGCGCUGAGGUUUCUGGGAUCGGCGGCUGUGGUUGUUGGAAGCGAGAUGAGGAAUGCGCAGAGUGUUGGAUUGAGAUUGCAGAGGAGGCUGAUGGAGCAAAGAGGCGAACUAGACCGCCAACUAGGCAAACUACGCGAGAUUCUCGAAAAAUCAGGGAAUUCAUCAUCUCACACGGCCGUGAACGCACAAGUGAACGAGAUCCUCGCGCGCCAACAAGCGCUGAACGAGCGCGCGGAUAAGAUCUACAAGCGACUGAUUGAGACGCAGCCGUUGCCGCUGAGUGAUGUGGAGGUGAAGUGGAUCCAGGAGCUGCAUCGGGUGAAGGGUAAAGUUGAGGAGCAGAAGGCGGGGUUGAAAGCUAGGUCUGGAUCUGCUACGUUACAGGCGAAGAAGAUUGUGGCGAUGACGAGUUCGAUGGAUGGAAAGGCGCAGGAUAUUACCAGCAAGCGCAAUUCACAACUGAUGAUCUCAGGACUUCGAACGGCGAAGAUUGAAAAUCUGAAAGAAAUGAUUGAGAACGAGUACGUCUGCUUUUUCAACAAUCUUACUGAGAAUAUGGGUGUGAGCUAACGCGCUGUUUAGGUCUAAUAUUAUUAGUAAAACUC